CAAAACGAAACCGCGCCUCCGCACUCUCACUCACCUCAUUCAAAAGUUCAAACCCAAACGCAAACUCAAAAAAUCACUACCAGUUGCUCCCCCCCUCUUCCCUCUCCAACACUCUCUCAGGUAAGAAAUGGCGGGGAAAGGAGGGAAGGGCCUCUUGGCGGCCAAGACCACCGCGGCCAACAAGGACAAGGACAAAGACAAGGACAAGAAAAGACCCGUUUCCAAGUCUUCCCGUGCCGGAAUUCAGUUCCCUGUGGGUCGCAUUCAUCGGCACCUAAAAACGAGGAUCUCUGCGAAUGGCCGUGUUGGGGCCACUGCUGCUGUUUACUUGGCUUCAAUACUGGAGUACCUGACUGCAGAGGUGCUAGAGCUUGCUGGGAAUGCAAGCAAAGAUUUGAAGGUGAAGAGAAUCACGCCCAGGCAUUUGCAACUGGCUAUCAGGGGAGACGAGGAGCUCGACACGCUGAUCAAAGGAACCAUUGCUGGAGGUGGCGUCAUCCCCCACAUUCACAAGUCCCUCAUCAACAAAACCUCUAAAGACUAAAGAUUAGGCUCUUUUGUAGCAAAUUCAGUAAAACAAAAGAUGUUAACUGUAGGCUAAUGUGUUUGGUUUGCGAGUCAUUUCGGUAUUUGGCAGUGUAGACUUUUCAAUUUUAAUGUAGAAGUAUGUUCAGAUCAGUUAGCUAGCUAGCAAGGAUAGGAUAUAUGGGCUAAUCUUUUAUUUCUGUUUUGUAUCUGUGUUUAAGGCAGGAGUGCUGUUUGUUGAAUGGUAUUUGAUCGUGGUUCAACUAUGGUGUUCUGAAA